AUGCCUAACUGCACUAAAGACAUUAGAAUUAAUCAAAAUAUGUAAUUAUAUAAAUAUACAAAAAUAUUGUGGAUAUUAAGUAACAAAAAUUAUGGAAGCUUAUUUUCUACGUACAACGAUUUUAGAUUAUUUGGAGGAGCUGACACAUUUGGAGCAAAUACAAUAAUAUCUAGAUAUGUUUCUUUGCCUCCUCAUCAUUAAAUCAAAGUAACUUUUGAAUUUUUGAAGAAUUUCUAAAAUAAAAGUAGAUUGGAUAUUGGGAUAAUGAAUUUGUCAAAAAGUUAUAAUUGGACAGAGAGCAACGGAUUAAAGUGGAUGUGGAAGCAAAAAUGA